AUGACAGUACGUUAUACAUAUGAUUCAGAUCUAUUCAAAGGAAUCGCUAUAGAGUUUAAAGAUAGCCAGAAGGCGAAAAGAAUAAUCGAAUCUGAUACAACUAUCAUUCGUUCAUGGCCUAUUCACCAUCGUAUUGAUCUGCAUGCACCUAUUUUACCUCGUAAACAUGAUUUACCGACGACAUUCUUUGUUCCACAAAACAAGACGACAAUUAAAAUAUUGACAGAGAUGAAUUAUAAAUUGAGUAAAGAAUUAAAAUCAAAAGGUUCAGGUGUAAAGAUUGGUAUCAUUGAUACAGGUGUUGAUUAUACUCAUCCUGCUUUAGGAGGUUGUUUUGGAAUGAAAUGUAAAAUAAGAUAUGGUUAUGAUUUAGUGGGUAAUGAUUUUGAUGGAUCUUUAGCGUCUAUUCGAGAAAGUAAUGAUCCUAUUGAUAAUUGCCCAUCAAAUUCAACUUCGGCUUCUGGACAUGGAACUUUUAUUGCUGGUAUUAUCGCUGCUAAAGAUAAAAAAUUUAAUUGGACUGGUGUUGCUCCAGACGCUACUCUAGGUGUUUGGAAAGUAUAUGGAUGUAACUAUCCAGGUUCACCCAAUCAUGUUGUACUAAAAGCAAUGGAAAUGGCAUAUAAGGCUGGAAUGAACAUUAUUAAUAUAUCAUCUGGAGUAAGAGGUGGUUGGAAUGAAGAAGUACUGUCUGUCAUGGCUAAUAGAUUAGUAUCUAAAGGAGUUCACGUGGUUACUGCAAGUGGUAAUAUUGGUUCCAAUGGUAUCUUCUUAACUGCCUCUCCUGCUUCUGGUAAAGAUGUCAUUGCUGUGGGUUCAACAAUGAAUCAUGUUGUACCUGAAUUUAUUUUAAAAAUUUAUACCAAUGAUACAAAAAAGAAGAAGGAUGAAGAAAUUCCUUAUCGCACCUUUGUGAAUAGUCCAUUUUCAUUUCAGGAUGAAUUACCUAUUUUAGCAACUGGAAAAGUAUUCAAUCAAAGAAAUGAUGCUUGUAAAAGAUUAAAAAAGGAUUAUAAUAAUACGAUUUUAUUGAUUCAUCAAGGUGGUUGUGAUUCAAUUGAAAAGAUAAAACAUGCAAAGAAAGCAGGUGCAAGGGCAGUUGUAUUCUAUAGCGAUAAAAGAGAUACUACAACUGACGUUGAAUUACUUUCAGCAGCUGUACUACCCGUUGCAUUUGUUAAUAAUAAUCAUGGUGAAUCCAUUUGGAAUACUUUAUUAUCAAUAAAGGGAAAGAAGUCUAGUCACCACGUUGUCAUGAUUCGUUUUACGAAUACACUUGUAGCUUCAAGGGCACCAAAGAAUGAAUUAGAUAAAAUGGCGGACUUUUCUUCUUUGGGUCCCACUUAUGAACUUGAUUUAAAACCUGAAUUAGUUGCUGUAGGAACGGAUAUCUUUUCUACAUUACCAACAUAUCAAAAAUCGUACGGUUUUAGAUCUGGAACUUCCUUUUCGGCCCCUUAUGUCACAGCUUCUAUUGCUCUUCUUAUUUCUAAUUUAAAGAACUCGACUAACAAGAGUCCAGAACUAGUAAAGAAUGCAUUCAUGAAUUUUGCUAAUCAAGUGAAAAGACCUACUAUCUCCGCUCUAGAAUAUGGUGAUUCUCCUAUUCGGCAAGGUGCUGGUGUGGUUGAUGUUGUACAGACCAUAAAGGGCUUUCAACAAUUUCAUGUAUCACCUUCAAAACUCAAUCUAAAUGAUUCAGCUCACUUUCAUCCUCAUCAUGAGCUAACGAUCUUUAAUCAUGGUUCUCAUGAUCUAUCGAUUUAUCUAGAACAUCAACCCUCUUUCACAGUAAAAGGCUAUUCUAUCCAUGAUGAAUCGAAUGGUUUCUAUCCUGUCAAUGAUUCAGUUGCAAACGUAGAGUUCACAUCAUCAUCAUCGUCGAAUAAGAAGGAGGGGGUGGUGGUUGUACCUAGAGGUCAAUCUAUCAAGGUAUCUGUUGAAUUUGAACCACCCUCUAUUCACUCAUUUUCGAAAGACAUCUCUCAUGUCAUCUACAAUGGUUAUCUUACCUUUUCAACAAAGACAAUGAAAGCUAGUGUUCCUUACAUGGGCAUGGUCGGUCGUAUGCAUGAUCUCCCCGUCUUGGAUCGUUCAAAUAAGCCAUACUCUGCUGCUGCACCUUUCAAGUUUCCUUCAAUUGGAUUGCCCUCAGGUAAUGCCACAUUAGAUGAUGAAGGUGGUGGUGAGAUGGGCGAUUUUCAAAUACAAUAUGAUAAACGUCAUCAUGUUGUAACAGGUGGUCCCUAUGUUUUGGUGAGACUCUUGACAGGGACUCCAGUGAUUCAGAUUCAAAUCAUGCGUGAUGAUGAUAAAGUAGUGAUAGGUGAUAUGCCUAUGACAGAGGAUCGAUUUUGGAUGAUGCGAAAUACACCUCAAGUCACAGAGUAUUCAACUGCAUAUUAUGCAUGGUAUUGGACAGGAGAAUAUGUACCCAAAGAUAGUAGUCUUCAUCAAGAUAAUAAAGAAGUUAAAAAGAAAAAAGUAAAAUGUGGAAAUUAUCGAUUCAAAAUAAGAGCUUUGCGUGUAUUUGGAAAACGAGAAAAAGAUGAAGACUGGGAUGAAUGGAUUUCACCUAAAUUUAAAGUUGAUAUUAAUUAUUAA